CGCGAAUAACCUCUCAAAUCAUCUCUGUUAUUUACCGUGAAGGCAGCAUCGCACCCUAGGGCUGUCGCGUUUGGUUUGGUGUCGCAACUCAAGCGUACUUGGACGCACGAGGAGCGUCGGCAUUAUCGAGUGUCCUCGCGAUCUCUGCGGCGUUAUCGGGACGCCCAGGGUAACGUCCGAGCGCGAGAGCCCGGCUCGGCUCGGUCGGAGAACGGCGAGUGCCGAUCGUCCAAGCGAAAGGAACUCGGCAAAAUGGACGACGACGAAGGGUCCUCCGGCUCGGGGCCCAUGUCGUCCCUGAACAGCCUCUUCUCGUUCACGAGUCCCGCGGUGAAGAAGCUGCUCGGCUGGAAACAGGGCGACGAGGAAGAGAAGUGGGCGGAGAAGGCGGUGGACUCGCUGGUGAAAAAGCUGAAAAAACGAAAAGGUGCCAUCGAGGAGCUCGAGCGAGCCCUCAGCUGUCCAGGUACCCCCAGCAAGUGCGUUACUAUUCCCAGGAGCCUGGACGGAAGGUUACAGGUGUCUCAUCGGAAGGGUCUACCCCAUGUCAUCUACUGUCGCGUCUGGAGGUGGCCGGACUUGCAGUCCCACCAUGAGUUGAAGCCCCUGGAAUUGUGUCAGUACCCCUUCUCGGCGAAGCAGAAGGAGGUGUGCAUCAAUCCCUACCACUACAAGAGGGUGGAAAGUCCAGUGCUGCCGCCGGUCCUCGUCCCCCGUAAGUCAGAGUACCCACCUGGACACUCGUUGCUGCCGUUCCAUCAGCUACCCGAGCCCACGAUGCCCCACAAUGUGUCUUACUCCUCAAGUGGCUUCAACGCCAGUUCCGGCGGAGGUGUCAUUCCGACGUCUCCGGUAUCUUCCGUGGGCUCCGUUCCAAGCCCUGGAAGCACGACGUCUCCAAAUCCACAGAGCCCGUACGGGACUAACGGACUGCCCGAAACGCCUCCACCUGCAUAUUCUCCACCAGAGGACGUCUCUCAACACGGUCAGUCUCCGGCACCGGAUUCUGCUGCUAUGGAUACCAGCCGCUCAGCCGAGGUUGCUCCAGUAUGCUAUCAAGAACCUCCCUAUUGGGCUUCGAUCGCAUACUAUGAACUGAACUGUAGAGUGGGGGAGGUUUUUCAUUGCCAGUCCCACUCGGUUAUUGUGGACGGCUUCACGAAUCCCAGCAAUAAUUCAGACAGAUUCUGCCUCGGCCAGUUGUCAAAUGUCAAUCGUAAUUCCACGAUUGAGAACACCAGGAGGCACAUUGGGAAGGGGGUGCAUCUUUACUAUGUCGGAGGGGAGGUUUACGCGGAGUGCUUGUCCGAUUCGGCUAUUUUCGUACAAUCCAGAAACUGUAAUCAUCAUCAUGGGUUUCAUCCGAGCACAGUUUGUAAAAUUCCACCGGGAUGUUCUCUGAAGAUCUUCAACAAUCAGGAGUUUGCUGAGCUGCUCUCACAGAGCGUAAAUCAUGGAUUCGAAGCAGUAUACGAGCUUACCAAGAUGUGCACUAUCAGAAUGUCGUUUGUGAAAGGCUGGGGUGCAGAGUACCAUCGACAGGAUGUGACGUCGACGCCUUGCUGGAUCGAAGCUCACCUGCACGGUCCGCUUCAGUGGUUGGACAAGGUUUUGACGCAAAUGGGCUCACCUCAUAAUGCUAUCAGUUCGGUGUCUUAAGUCAUUCUCAGCAUGCAGGCCUUAUUUUGACGAGGCUGGUGAUCCGAUUAAAAGACUCAAAGAAAACUCGGAAGUCACGUUUCGACUUUCCGGCUUGGAUAGUGCAAAGAUUGGAUGGCUUCGCUGGUGGACGCAGCCAUCGGUCACUUUUGUUCCACCUGUGGAACACAAAGAUGGUGUUGGAGUUCUGGAGUGGAAUAAGACAAGAUGAAAAGAAGAAUGCCUUAAUAAUACAAUCCGUUCCAGUAGACUCUGGUACCAGAUUGCGUCCAGACUUUUGCCAGGUUCGACUCGUCGAAGAAGGCAGUGGGUUCGUGUACAUAGGUGACAGACCGUAGGCAGAUAUAAACCCUCGAGCAAAGUAAUUGACCUACAGGAUCUGUCGAAUCCGGGUAGACGUGCUAAUAGGGCGAAAUGAAACGGACCAUAGACCACUUCGAGUGCUUUGAAGUACUGGCUCGGUCCCCUCUGCCGAGUGACUCCAGAAGGGAAUCGAAACCCAAUUGUGACUAUACAGUGCAACUCCCUUACUAAUUGCAUCGUUUCUCUUUUGCAAUAUAAUUCACUUGGCCGAAGACUUAAAAAAUAAUUAUACUUAACGGAAUAUUAAAGGCUUGUCAGAUUUUAAAUAAUGACGUUUGCCAGUUGGAGGUGGAAAACGCGUUGCAACGGAGUUGUGCUGUACUGCACUGGUGCGCCCUUAUCAGACCCGCCGAUGCUGGACUUUCUCGGUUACUAUUAACGUAUCGAUACGUUUAUUAUUGACGAUUUCCUUGUUAAAUACCGGCCAAUCGCGAGGCAGGAAGUUCAACCAAAAAAUGAGUGCAACGUGCGCGAUGUUAUCGCUCCCCCUCGGACGGUCGGACGAAGGUUACUCGACGUAACUCUCGACGGACGGAAUCGAUUAAGCGCGGGGCAUUAAUGUCGGCUAUGGCUUGUAUGUACUUGUGUGUACUUCGACUUGUAAUGAGCGAGCGUGCGAUCCAUCUGCUGGCGAAAAUUAUUGCGCAGAUGUAGAUGUGUAACUGGGUGGUCCAUGGAACGGUUUCCGAGUGCCUCGGAAACCGUUCGUAAACGAUACUCGGAGGCGACACGGAAUUCCCUCUUUUAUCACAAACAAAACGCGUUAAACAAAAUUAGGGGUACUUCCACGAUGUCAUCCUUCAAGUUUGAAUCCGGAAGAGCGACUUUUAUCGCUAUGGCUCCUCGAAUUAUGACAUGAAAAGGGAAUAGUUCUGACAGAAGUUCUGGUAUCGUUUAUAGUGGACGUUGCACGUAUGUUGACUAGGGAAUGUAAUUAAAACCGGUCUGAAUGGAAAACGGGAAAGCAUGGGAAAGAAGAUAAAAACGUUUACUCGACCGCUCCACGAUGUGCCUGACAAUAAUGGACGAGGAAGUACCGAUGGUAGAGGAAAAGCGAAGGAAAGAGAAAUAUGAAAAUGGUACAAAUUAUAUUAAUUUCCCACGAUAGUUAUUUUUGUAUGUUUUCCUAAGGCUCGUAUGGGCGGACAGGAGGGCAGGCGAUUAAACACUUUUUACCUUCUCCCGGGGUACGGUUUUUCAUUCGAAUCAGGUGCAGUUAGCCUUUAGGUAUAUUUUCGUGCGACCGUCUACUGGAAAUUGGUCCUAAUGGAUAACGGACCUUUCGGUGGAAUCUAUUUUCUACGAGUAAAUCGGUAUCUCGACUCCUUGGAAGGAAGUGUCACGCGUAUAUGUAGAUAUUAAAGGAAACUUAACUGUUAAUUUUGCGACGUAAUGCUCAUUUCAAGUUGGGAUUAGUGUAAUGCUUUAUUUGAUAGGUACCCCCCCUUACUUUUAUAUUGUAAUUACUGUUCGUAACGGUCUUGUCGUCGUAGAGAGGUACGCGUUGACGGGAGUUAACGAUUUCUCAAAUGUCGCCUUUCGAACUGUGGUAUGUAUAGUAUAAAAGAAAUGUGAUUUGAAUUGCUUGUAAAAUAUACAAGUUGGGAUUAG